CGAGUCAUUGUAAAAAGUAUUUAUAUAAACCGCCAUUUUUUUUUAUUAUUUAUUUUUUAGUUAGUGCAGUUUAUUGCAUAGUUUCAGUCGCUAUAUCUGGUACAUGACCUUGUGUAGUAAUGAAAGUGCACGCAAAAGUAAUGAAAGCAUUCGCUGUUCACUGUCAUAGGUGACAUUUUAUACCCGAAGGUGUUUCUCGGAAUAAAAACUCUUAAAUGGUAUUUUUUAAGUAUUCUCUUGGGAAAUCUAACUGUUAUUCUCCAAAGUAUAUUGUGCCUCUACAAUUGCUACGAGUAGGCAGCAAAAUACGAGGGUUAAGGAUGGCUAUUAUCUUUUUAGUUUGGACUAAAAAGCUUAGCUAAUCUAGUGAUACUUAAGCAGCAACAGUCAAGAAUUCGACUUAGCGUUUUUGGAUAGUUUAAAAGUCCCAAGACACGUGUUCGACUCGCUGUCCUUGAUCAGUUUUGGGAUCCGGUUUAGUAGUAACACAGGACGUACCUUCUAUACAAUUUCAUUUACAUUCUUCCUUGGUUCGUAUAGGGCAGAACAAAAAUUCAGGAUUUAUAUAUGGAGUUUGUCAAAAAGUGGAUAAUUAAGUGGAAGUUAAUAAAAUGGAAUUUUCUACAAUUCUGAUAUUUUAUAUUUUAUUAGAAAUAUCAUCAUCUUCGUACCAACCAGUCAUUCCAGAAUACCAAGCCGUUUUCGGCGGAAAAGUAGUACUACCAUGCAAUGUCAGUAUCCGUACAGUCGAAGAAGAUAUUUCCAUCAUCCUUUGGUAUAAAGGCGACUUCGGAGUACCAAUCUACACCUUAGAUUCCAGAAAGAGUACACUUCAAAAUGCCAAACAUUUUCCAAGUACGGAAUUGGAUUCCAGGGCACAUUUCGACGUGACUUCAAAAAUUCCUAGAUUGGUUCUAGACCCGGUCAAAAUAGAAGAUGCCGGUGAAUACAAGUGCAGGGUAGAUUACAGGCGAUCGAGGACAGUACUCAGGCGUCUAAGACUUCGAGUCAUAGUACCACCCAAUGAUGUUAUUAUCAAAGAUGAACACGGGCAGAGGAUGAGAGAUAUCAUAGGCCCUUACGAUGAAGGAUUUUAUUUAAUAUUAAUAUGCGAAGCUGAAGGUGGUUCACCACCUCCUUCAGUUACCUGGUGGAGAGGGUCUACAUUACUAGAUGACAGCUACAAACCAACAGUUAAAGGUGUCGUCAGGAACGAACUGACUCUUAAGAAUUUACAAAGAUCUUUCCUUAUGGAAGUUUUCUCUUGUCAAGCAUCCAACACAAACUUAACGGUUCCAAAGACUAGUUCUGUCAUCCUAGAUCUUAACUUGAAGCCACUCGAAGUGUACAUCAUCGAAUCGAAUCGACCCGUAUCAGCUGGACAGGAAGUAAAAUUAGUUUGUGAAAGUACCGGUUCGAGGCCUCCCGCACAUUUAUCGUGGUGGAAGGACGGCAAGAAGCUAGAAUCGUACAAGGAGAGCGUGUCAGAUGAUGGAAACAUCACCACCAGUUUGCUAACAUUCACACCUUCUGUUGACGACAACGGGAAAUCUUUGUCUUGCAGAGCAGACCAUCCGACGUUGCCAAAUAGUGGAAUUGCUGAUAGAUGGUUACUCAAUGUACACUAUGCGCCCAUAUUGAAUUUAGCACUUGGAGCAAAUAUAUUGAGAUCGAAAAUUAAAGAAGGUAGCGACGUUUACUUCGAGUGCAACAUUAAAGCAAAUCCUAGAGUAACAGAAUUGGGAUGGAUUUUCGAUGGUAAACCACUCUUCAGCAAUACGAAUCCCGGAAUAAUAAUGAUUAAUCAGUCACUUGUAUUACAAAAGGUGAAGAAGGAUCAUCGCGGUCAUUAUAGAUGCAUCGCAUCCAAUUCGGAAGGUGAAGGAAAGAGUAAAGAUGUACAACUUGAAGUUCAGUAUGCGCCAGUCUGCAAAGAAGGACAAAAGAUACUUUAUGGAAUUGGUAGAGAUGAAACUGUAAAUGUGUCGUGUGAAGUGGAAGCUGAUCCAGAUGAAGUCAGCUUCAGGUGGUUAUUAAAUAACACGGCAGAGACUGUAGAAAUUAGAAAAUUUACCACUAAUGGAACUAUGAGUACUGUCAAAUAUAAUCCUAAAUCUAUGAUUGGAUAUGGUGGUUUAUACUGCUGGGCAAGAAACGAAAUAGGAGUUCAGAAAGAACCAUGUAUAUUUAGGAUGCUUCCAGCCAGUCCUCCAGAGCUAGUGAAGAGUUGUCGAAUAACCAAUCAAACAACCACUUCUUUCACGAUUAUUUGCGAACCAGGAUACGAUGGAGGGCUUAAACAACAGUUUUACUUAGAAGUAUAUACUUCGGCUGACAAACAUCUUCUGACUAAUUUAACAUCUGCAGACGUCCCACUUUUCGAUGUAUCGAAUUUACCAUCGGGUACAGCAUUUCUUUUGAUGGUUUACUCCAAUAAUGCCAAGGGUAGAAGCAAUUCGGUAGCAUUGAUGACUAGUACAUUACAUCCGGCAGAAAGAAGAACAGCCGAUAGAGAACAUCCGACUGUUAGUCCGAUAUUGGGAUUGUUAAUUGGAGUUGUUGGUGCUCUAGUAUUGGUUGCUAUAGCUGUAGUAGUUGUGAUGAAAGUUCAAGGAAAGGAUUCCGAUCCAGGUAAUGUAUCCGAGUAAAUCCAAUAAAUGAUUUAUUUCGCUGGUUUUUAUUUAUUCAGAGAUCAAUUCACUAUUUCAUGCUUGUAUAUAAAAGUCUUGUCAGUUUGCUUCUAACGAGCUAACAAGACUUCUUACCAACUCAUAUCAAUUUCUAGUAUAGUUAUAAAAGAAGAUUAUUUUAUUUGUAAGAUUCUAAUAA